AUGGCCGAGAACCUUGGCGAGCUGCUCAACCUUGAGCCCGCCCGGCAGGACACGACCACGCUGGCCUACCUGUCGCACCUCGCCGAGCUCUCCGUCGACGACCUCCGCUCAUCAGAGCCCCAGCGCCUUUCGCAAGCGUCUCAAUCGCUGCUUCUUUCCGUGCAGGCCCUGUCCAAGAGGUCUCUGAAGCUCGUAGUCGACUCCGCCGCGAGCCAUGCCUCGCUACGCCGGGCCUUGCCGGCCAUGGCUGAGAGCGUCCACGAGCUUUCCCAGGCCAUCCCGCGCCUUGAUCGCGAGGCCGAGGCCUUCUCUGCCGCAUUUGGCAAGGCCGGCGAGAGCGCCCUCGUCGCCCGCAGGAAGCAGGCUCUGCGGCUGUUGCACAACUCGGAGCGCCUCGUCGAUGUCAUGGAGCUCCCAGCCCUCCUUCAGUCGGCGGUCAAGGCCAGCCCCGGCGGCUACUCAACCACCCUUGAUCUCUACGCCCACGUGCGCCGUCUGGCCUCUCUCUACCCCGCGUCUCCCCUCGUUUCCUCCGUUCUGUCCGAGGCAGACGCCGCGGUUCGCCAGAUGGCUGCAGACCUACUUGUUGCCCUCAAGGCGCCUGGCCUAAAGCUAGCCGCCGCCUUGCGCACUGUCGGCUGGCUCAAGCGCAUCGUGCCCGACCUCGUCUCCAGCACCCCUGGCGACGACGCCCUCCCGGCGCUGUUUCUCGUCUGUCGCCUGACGACUCUCCUGACUACGCUCGCCGCCCUCGAACCGUUACGUGAGCUUGCCGACGAGGAGCAAUUGCGUCAAGCCAAUUCUGCACAAGCCUGGUCUGGCGGUCAGCAGACGGAGCGCUUUCUCAAGCGUUUCAUCGAAGUGUUUCGCGAGCACAGCUUUGGCAUCGUGUCCAUGUCCAAAAGCGUCGACGCUAGUUUCGCUGCGCCGGCAACCCUUCCUGCGCAUGACGACCCUCUGCGCACGCUGCCUUCAGCACUGUCCACGCUGCCGCUGCACCUUGUUGGCUUGUUACUUGAGGCACUACGCACCCAUCUCCCCACCGUCAGGGACCAGGCCUCACGCGACAGCAUCAUUACACAGGUGCUUUAUUGCGCAGGCAGCCUGGGGAGGCUCGGCGCUGACUUCAGCAUGCUUCUCGCCGUCGUCGGCGUUGACGAGUGGGCCGAACUUGUCAGGCGUCAUCGCUUGCUGGCUGGACGCCUCGAAUCGGUCAUAGGUGACUACCGCGGGCACGCAGCAGCGCCAUCCUCGCCGGCCAUUACCGCUGCAAGUCGCUGA